CAGCGCCGCCCCUGACGUGUUCAGGGCCAGCCUGCUCCGUGCCCAGCUCUGUGUCCAGGAGCUCCAGGGGGCCAUCGAGGGACAGCCAGACCUCCCCUGGGACCACCCCCAGCAUCUCCAGGAACUCCAGGACCACCACCAGGAUCUCCAGGAUCUCCAGGACUACCUCCAGGAGCUCCAGGACCACUCCAAGGACCUCCAGGACCACCACCAGGAUCUCCCCCAGGACCUCCAGGACCUCCAGAACCAUCCCCAGGAUGGGGCUGGGAGCCUCUCCCAAGAGGUCCAAGGCCAUGGAUCCACGUUUGAGGAGAUCUCCCAGGUGUCCAUGGAUGGUGCCAUCCCUCUGAAGCCCAUGUCCAUGGAUGGAUCCAUCCCACCCAAUCCCAUACCAAUGGAUGAGAACAUCUCCCAGGAGUUCCAAAGUCACAGAUCCACAUUUGAGAACAUCUUCCAGGUGUCCAUGGGCGUGGACAUCCCACCCAAACCCAUGACCAAGGAUAAGAACAUCUCCCAGGCGUCCAUGGAUGGAUCCAUCCCACCCAAUCCCAUGCCCAUGGAUGAGAACACCUCCCAGGAGCACCAAAACCAUGAAUCCACGUUUGAGGAGAUCCUCCACAUAUCCGUAGAUGGCUCCAUCCCACCCAAACUCACAACCAUGGAUGAGAACAUCUCCCAGGAGUUCCAAAGCUACAGAUCCACAUUUGAGAACAUCUUCCAGGUGUCCAUGGGCGUGGACAUCCCACCCAAUCCCAUAUCCAUGGAUGAGAACAUCCCACCCAAACCCAUGCCCAAGGAUGAGAACAUCUCACCCAAACUCAUGACCGUGGAUGACAACAUCUCUCAGGAGUUCCAAAGCUACAGAUCCACGUUUGAGGAGAUCCUCCACAUAUCCAUAGAUGGAUCCAUCCCACCCAAACUCACAACCAUGGAUGAAAACAUCUCCCUCGGUCCCAUGACUGUGGGUGAGAACAUCCCCCAGCAGCACCAAAGCCAUGAAUCCAUGUUUAAGGAGAUCCUCCACAUAUCCAUAGAUGGAUCCAUCCCACCCAAACCCAUGACCAUGGAUGAGAACACCUUCCAGAACCUCCAGAGCCAUGAAUCCACGUUUGAGGACAUCCUCCAGGUGUCCAUGGAUGGCUCCAUCCCACCCAAACUCAUGCCCAAGGAUGAGAACACCCCACCCAUGGAUGAGAACAUCUCCCAGAACCUCCAGAGCCAUGAAUCCAUGUUUGAGGAGAUUCUCCAGGUGUCCGUGGAUGGAUCCAUCCCACCCAAACUCAUGCCCAAGGAUGAGAACACCUCCCAGGAGCACCAAAGCCGUGAAUCCACACUCGAGGACAUCCUCCACAUAUCCAUGGAUGGAUCCAUCCCACCCAAACCCACAACCAUGGAUGGAUCCAUCCCACCCAAGCCCAUGGAUGAGAACAUCUCCCAGAACCUCCAGAGCCGUGGACCCAUGCUCGAGGACAUCCCCCAGGUGUCCAUGGAUGGCUCCAUCCCACCCCAGGCCGUUCCCAGGGACCAAAGCUUUGGGUUCCUCUCUGGGAACACCUCCCACGUGUCCAUGGCUGGUCCCACCUCCCCCAGUCCCGUGGCCACGGCUGGGCCUGGCCCGGCCCAGUGCCGGGAGCGCGAGCUGAGAGACGGGAACGUCUCACCCGGCAUUGUCACCGUGGGUGGGGACAUCUGCCACAGGUCUGGGGGUGGGGACAUCUCAUCAGGAGCUGUGACCAUGGGUGGGGACAUCUGCCAGAGGUCUGGGGAUGGGGAUGUCUCAUCAGGGGCUGUCACCAUGGGUGGGGACGUCUCAUCAGAGACUGUGACCAUGGAUGGGGACAUCUGUUGCACCUCCAGGGAUGGGGACAUCUCAUCAGGGACCAUGGCCAUGGGUGGGGACAUCUCAUCAGGGACAGUGGCCAGGGGUGGGGACAUCUCAUUAUGGACAGUGACAAUGAGUGGGAACAUCUCAUCAGGGACAGUGUUCAGGGGUGGACCCCCCUCCCUGGAGGACGUUCCUGUGGAUUCCAGGGUGUCACCCAAGCCCGUGGACAGCCCCACCAUGGCCGGGAUCACCUUCUCCAAGCCCUUGACCUUUUCCUUUUCCCUGGAGCACCUGGCCAUGGGUUUGGCCAUCUCAUCCCAGUUGGGUGGCACCAACUUGUGCAGACCCAUGGCCAUGGCUGGGACAAUGUCACCUGAACCUGUGACCAGGGAUGGGACAAUGUCACCCAAAUCUGUCACCAUGGAUGGGACAAUGUCACCUGAACCUGUGACCACAGGCAGGACCAAUUCUGCAGAACUCAUGGCCACAGAUUCAACGAACUCAGCCCAGACUGCGGCCAGGGAUGGGACAAUGUCACCCAAACCUGUGGCCAGGGAUGGGACAAUGUCACCUGAACCUGCGACCAUGGGUGGGACAAUGUCACCCAAACCUGUCACCAUGGAUGGAACAAUGUCACCCAGAUCUGUCACCAUGGAUGGGACAAUGCCACCUGAAUCUGUGGCCAUGGAUGGGACAAUGUCACCUCAAUCUGUGACCAGGGAUGGGACAGUGUCACCCAAAUGUGUGACCAGGGAUGGUCCCAUGUCCCCCAGACCCACAACCAUGGAUGGUCCCAUCUCCCCCACACCCCAAACCCCCAAACACAGCCAGGAGGAAGAGGAAGGUGAUGAUGAUGAUGACAAUGACAAUGACAAUGAUGAUGAUGGUGACCACACCACCAAUGACCACGAUGACCACGGCAGCUCCUCCCAGAAGGAUGAAGAAGAGGAGGAGCUGGAUGAGGAUGAGGAUGAAGAUGAAGAUGAGGAUGAGGAUGAGGACAAGGAUGAAGAUGAGGAUGAAGAUGAAGAUGAGGAUGAGGAGCCCCAUUUCCACACCAACCCCCUGUUCCAGAGCCCGCUGCCCCCGGGGGUGCCCCCCUGGCGUCCCCACGGUGCCACCCUCGGUGCCACCCUCGGUGCCACCCCCUGGUGCCACCCCCCAGGACCCCCAGGCCCGGCACUCUCGGACCCCCCGGAUCCCCCCAUGGAAUUUGGGGACCCUCUGGAUCCACCCCCUGAAUUUGGAGACCCCCUGAAUUCCCCCAUGGAAUUUGGGGAGCCCCUGGAUCCCCCUCCAGAAUUUGGGGACCCCUCAGAUCCACCCCCAGAAUUUGGGGACCCCCUCACCCCCCUGGAUGUCACCCCUGAGGGGGGAAUUUGGGACCCCCCCAGUCUAUGGGACUCCCCAGAUUUACCCCAAAAAGAGGGACCCCAAAACCCCCCAGAACCCCCAAAUUUGCCCCAAAAAUGGGGGGUCCAACCUUUCCCAGCCCCCUCAGAUUUGCCCCAAAAGGAGGGACCCCAAAUUCCCCCAGAUUUACCCCAAAAAGGGGGUGUCCAGUUUACCCCAAUCCUCCCAGAUUUACCCCAAAAAGAGGGGGACAAAAUCCCUCCAGAACCCCCAGAUUUGCCCCAAAAAAGGGAACUCCAAAGCCCCCAAAUCCCCCCAGAUUUACCCCAAAAAGGGGAACCCCAAAGUUUUGGGGGUUCCCCUCCCCAAACCCCCAACCCCGAGCAGCCGCCCCCCGAGACCGGCCCGGAGCCCCCGCGGGACCCCCCGAGCCCCGACCCGUCGGCCCUGGCCCGGCGCCUUUUCCGCCUGGACGGGGUCAGGAAGUCCCAGGUGGCCUCGUUCCUGCGCAAGGACACGGAGUUCAGCUCCCGCCUGGCCCACGAGUACCUGGGGCUGUUCCAGUUCCGGGGCCUGAGCCUGGAGCAGGCGCUGAGGCAGUUCCUGCGGGCUCUGGUGCUCUCAGGGGAGACUCAGGAGCGCGAGCGAGUGCUGAGACAUUUCUCCAGUCGGUACCACCAGUGCAACCCUGGGGCUUUUCCCUCUGAGGACUCCGUUCACACCCUGACCUGUGCCCUGAUGCUGCUCAACACCGACCUGCACGGACAGCGCCUGGGCAGGGCCAUGAGCAGCUCUGAGUUCGUGUCCAACCUGAGCGGGCUGAUGGACGGCAGGGACUUCCCCCGGGAGCAGCUCAAGGCUCUUUACGGAUCCAUCCGCAGCCACAAACUGGAGUGGGCAACGGACGACGAGGACGAGCCUGGGGCGGAUCCCCAAAACACCAAAAACUCCAAAAAGAAUCCCAAAAACCCCAAAAACCCCAAAAUGCCCCAAAUCCCCCAAAUCCCCCACCCAGAGCCCGAGCCCGGGGCCGGCCCCGGCCUGAGCGGGAUCCUGAGCAGGAAGGUCCUGGCAGAGAGCGACGGGAAAAAGGCCCCCUGGGGCCGCCGCGGCUGGAAGCGUUUCCGUGCGGAGCUGCGGGGCUGGGCGCUGCUGUGGCUGCGGGAUCCCCCCGAGGGGCCCCAGGAGGUUCUGGGGCUCCCCCACGCCCUGGCCCAGCCCCAGCCCCGCAGCUCCCGGCGGCCGCACGUGUUCCUGCUGCGCUGCGGGGACCGGAGACAGCUGCUGUGCCAGGCCCAGAGCGGGGCGGAGCUGGCGCUGUGGGUGCGCGGGAUCAACGUGGCGGCCGCGCUCUGCUCCAGCCCCCCCUUCCCCGCGGCCGUGGGGUCCCGGCGCCGCUUCGUCAGACCCGUGCUGCCCUCGGCCCCGAGCCGCUGUCCCCCGGAGCAGCAGCUGGCCCAGCUGCGCCGCUGGUUGGGGACAGUGACGUGCCAGCUCCUGGAGCACCAGCGGCACCAGCCCGAGGGACGGGGACGGGAGCGGGAGGAGCACCGGGCACACGGGGACUUCCUGCUGGAGGAGCGCCACCGCUCGCAGACGUACGUGCAGGCUCUGGGGACGUGGCUGCGCGGGGACAGCGGGGACAGCGGGGACAGCGCCGGCCUUGGUGACCUCGGGGACGUCGCAGGGGAUCCCGAGGCCCUUGGGGACAUGGGGCCGUGUCCCGGGGCCCUUGGGGACAUGGAUCAGUGUCCCCCCGGGCCAGCCCCCCUGACCAAGGCUCACUCCAGCCCCUCGCUGGUCCCCGAGCCCCCCCCGGGGCUGCCGGGCCGCGUGCGGAGACACAUCUCAGAGCGCAGGGCCAGCCGGGUCCUUGUCCCCAAGCGCCACCGCGACCGCCUGUGACACCGGGACUGUCCCCAAGUGCCACAUCUCAGAGCGCAGGGCCAGCCGCGUCCUUGUCCCCAAGCGCCACCGCGACCGCCUGUGACACUGCCACUGUCCCCAAGCGCCACCGCGACCGCCUGUGACACCGGGACUGUCCCCAAGUGCCACAUCUCAGAGCGCAGGGCCAGCCGCGUCCUUGUCCCCAAGCGCCACCGCCACCGCCUGUGACACUGCCAACCCUCUGGGACUGUCCCCAAGCGCCACCGUGACCGCCUGUGACACCGCCACUGUCCCCACCCUCCAGGACUGUCCCCAAGUGCCACAUCUCAGAGCGCAGGGCCAGCCGUGCCCUUGUCCCCAAGUGCCAUUGCGACCGCCUGUGACAGUGCCAACCCCUGGGACUGUCCCCAACCCCUCCAGGAGUGUCCCCAAGUGCCACCACCACAUCUCAGAGCACAGGGCUCAGCCGCGUGCUUGUCCCCAAGCGCCACCGCGACCGCCUGUGACACCUGCUACUGUCCCCAAGUGCCACUGAGACCGCCUGUGGCACCGGGAGUGUCCCCAACCCCUGGGACUGUCCCCAUGUGCCACAUCUCAGAGCGCAGGGCCAGCUGUGCCCUUGUCCCCAAGCGCCACCGCGACCGCCUGUGACAGUGCCAACCCCUGGGACUGUCUCCAGCCCCCCCAGGAGUGUCCCCAAGUGCCACCACCACAUCUCAGAGCCUUUGUCCCCAAGCGCCACUGAGAGCAGCUGUGACACUCCGGAAGUGUCCCCAAGUGCCACAUCUCAGAGCGCAGGGCCACCCGUGCCUUUGUCCCCAAGUGCCACCGCGACCGGGUGUGACACCCGGCAGUGUCCCCAAGUGCCACCCACACCGGUGUCCCCGAGCGCCACUGAGAGCGGCUGUGACACCUGGGAUUGUCCCCAAGUGCCACCAGGACCGGCAGUGCCACCCCCGCCCCCCCGUGUCCCCUCCCGGUGACAA